AUGAUGACCUCUAGAAAACGUACAUUUGAAGAAUUUUCAACAUCUCACUCUUUUCCAUUUUCUGAAGAUACCAAUUCAACCAGAACCAAUAUAUUCAAUUGUUUUCCUCCAUCGUCUCCACCGCCAACCACUACCACCAGCAGUAGUUACGAUUUCUACAACACAUCCAUGGAUGAUAGUUCAUGUGGUGAAAAACGGUUUCAGAAACAUAAAAUACACAGUGAGAUACAUACAACCACUAUAGAAAUGAUGAUGAAUGCUCAAUUACAACUACAACGACAAGAAAAAUUGCAACGUCAACAACAACAACCACAGCAGCAACAAGAAGAAGUAAAACUGGAUGGUGAACAUAACAAUGGAGAAUCAACUUAUCACCAGUGUCCAUACUGGUAA